AUGGAAACCGUGGCAACUCGAGAGGGAGAGGAGGUGGGGGGUGGAGGGGAGGAGGGAGAGGAGGGGGGCAGAGAUUCGGAAGAGGAGGAGGGGGCGGAGGAAACGGUCGUAGCUAUGGCAACCAGCAGGGAGGGGGCGGGGGCUAUGGGCAGUCGACGCGUGGCAGAGGGUACGGAGAAAGAAGAGGUGAAAAAAUGGACAUAG